AUGGUGCAUGCCAAAAUCCAAGAUCAUUAUGGAGGUGUUUCCACUUCUCUAGCAGUCAGUGCUGCUGCUCAGUGGAAAGAUAUGAAGAACCUUCUUAAGAAGCUUCAUAUUAUGUCUAACCGAUCAGAGAAUGAACAGGGGUCUUCUUCAUCCAAGGGAAGCAAGUCCAAUCUCGGUUCAUCUUCAUCUACCAAGAAGGUUUUGCGCUCAAAGUCCGCUCAAAGUUCUGAGCAAAAGCCCUUAUCUGGGCUCUACAGUUGGUUGCACUCAGUUGCCAACAGGCAGAGUCCUAGUCCUGCUCCAUCUUUGAGCCAGCCAAGGGGAGAGAGAAUGGAGCCAUCUGAUGCAGUGAGCAGUGGUGGUUUGGAUGUUGUGUCAGAUUCAGCUAGGCUUGAUUCAGGGUCUAGUGCUUCGAGGGAUCCUGAAGUGGAGGAAGAGUAUCAGAUACAGCUGGCUUUAGAGCUGAGUGCAAAGGAGGAUCCUGAGGCUGUGCAAAUUGAAGCUGUUAAGCAGAUCAGUUUGGGAUCUUGUGACCCUGGAUAUACACCAGCUGAAGUUGUGGCCUACCGAUAUUGGGUAAGUCACUUUAUUCACAUUCUUCUUGUUUUCAUGGUGCUGCUGGAAGAAAAGACAUUGGAAGUCAUAAGUUUGAUAAUCAGGUCAUUCUUAGAGGAAUACGAGGCUUCUAGAAUUUUAAAAAGAAUUUCAGAUGUGUAG